AUGGAGCCCCAAAAAAGAAACUGAACCGUCAAAACAUAAACAGAGCAGUCAACCUUGUGCGAACGCAGUUAGCUCGCUUUAUAGACUGUCUUUUACAAAAAAAGCCUUAUGCACGCAUUCCGAAUGUCGUGUAUUCACGGUCAAACAACUCCUAGCCGAGGCACUUAAGUUAGCUCAAUUGCUAAGUAAGAAAGGUGGAGAAAAUAAAUCUGCAAUAAAGAUCAGGACCAAACUAAGAAGUACGCCUCAUCGGGCCUUCGAGUAGAGGUUCUCCCUCAGGUCGACGCAGGACAACGGAUACAUAAUGUCUGAGGCUGACGGGAAAUCAACUGCCCUUAACGGUGGCUCUGAAGAAAAAGAACCAGAAGAAGAUCAACACAAGGAGACAGAUGCCUCUGGAAGCAAAGAGGGACAAACACAGUCUUCUUCUCAAGAUGCUCCCAAAGACACAGGAGAGGCAUCUGGAGACAAGCCAAUGUCCGAUGUGGAUGGAGAGAUGGGGGGAAACAGAGAAGGAGAGGAGGAGGAAGACACAGACAGCAUGGAUGGCAGCGGUCUUUACUCCCUGACGGAGGAUGGUGAAAGAGAGAGUGAGGGAGGCAGACGGGAGAGGGCAAAGGAUAAAGAUGGUGGGAAAAGGGCCGCUAGAAAGAGGAAUAGACCCGGCGGCGGCACCAAUCACUCCACCAGCUCAGAUGAGGAUGACGACGAGGACGACGACGAAGAAGAACAGAAAGAUGAUGAUGACGAAGACGACGAUGAAGCUAUGGAGGCCUGGCUGGGAGCAGAGCUCUGUGACCUGCGUGGCCCGAUAUGGCGGGCGAUACCCUCGCUGCGCUUGAGGGAGAUCGGCAGGGACUCGCGCCAGUUUGUGAGGCGUGUGUGUGGAGCCCGUGGCCUCGUGCAGAGGCUGGAGCUCCAGGGCCGACUGGAGAGGCACACGGGCUGCGUCAACACGUUGCACUUCAACCCCUCGGGCACACGCCUGGCUUCGGGCAGCGACGACCUGCGAGUGGUGAUCUGGGACUGGGCUGUCCGCCGUGCUGAGCUGGAGUUUGACAGUGGCCACAAGAGCAAUGUCUUUCAGGCAAAGUUCCUGCCUCACAGUGGAGACUCCACCUUGGCCAUGUGUGCUCGAGAUGGUCAGAUCCGAGUGGCCGAGCUCUCUGCCACACAGCGCUGCAAGAACACCAAACGGGUCGCACAGCACAAAGGGGCAGCACACAAGCUGGCCCUUGAACCUGAUUCCCCCUGCUGCUUUCUGUCCGCUGGAGAGGAUGCCGUGGUGUUUGGUAUUGACCUGCGUCUGGACCGUCCUGCCAAUAAACUGGUGGUUGUAAAGGAAGGAGAUAAAAAAGUGGGGCUGUACACCAUCUUUGUCAACCCAGCAAAGACGCACCAGUUUGCUGUGGGCGGUAGAGACCAGUAUGUGAGGAUCUAUGACCAGAGGAAGAUCAAUGAGAAUGAUAACAAUGGUGUGCUGAAAAAGUUUUGUCCUUCACAUCUGGUAUCCAGUGAGUCCAAAACCAACAUAACCUGCCUCGUGUACAGUCACGAUGGCACAGAGCUCCUGGUCAGUUACAAUGAUGAGGACAUCUACCUGUUUGACUCCAACCACAGUGAUGGGGCAGACUAUCGCAGGAGAUACAAGGGACACCGCAAUAAUGCAACAGUGAAGGGGGUGAACUUCUACGGGCCGCGCAGUGAGUUUGUGGUCAGCGGCAGUGACUGCGGACACAUCUACCUGUGGGACAAAUACUCUGCUCGCAUCGUCCAAUUUAUGGAGGGAGACAGGGGAGGAGUGGUGAACUGUUUGGAGCCACAUCCCAAUCUUCCAGGUAUGGCCACCAGUGGGCUGGACCACGACAUCAAACUGUGGGCCCCCACAGCUGAAAGCCCCACAGGACUCAAGGGCCUAAAAGAGGUAAUGAAGAAAAACAAGCGGGAGCGCGAUGAAGACAGUGUGCGCCACGGUGACCAGUACGACACCCAGCUGCUGUGGUUCCUGAUGAGACACAUGAGGAACAGACGGCCUCAGAGGGCCCGCCGUGAGGGUGCAGACACAGACACAGAUGAGUCCUGGAGCUCUCCAGAUUCCUCUGAUGAAGAGGAAGGAGGUCCAGAUCAUGUACAGUGCAUGUCCUCCUGAGCAACACACACACACACACACACACACACUUAGAUAUACAUACAAACAUGCAUACAUUUAUUGCCCUUGAAUUGAGGCACAUAGGCAAACUAUU